AUGGAGGCUGAGGAGUACCUCCUGAGGCUGGACUUGCACUGGACAGUAGUCCUCAUUGCCACCUUGCUCACCAUGAAUGGGAUGGCCAAUGUGAACUCGGCCAGCCGGCCCCACUAUGCCUCCUCCAUACCUGUGCCUCGAGCUGCUUCCCAGACCAGGAUUCAUACACCGGGCGCCUCUCCCCAGCUGCGGCCACGCCAGGCCGGCCUGGCCCUGAGCCCCCAGCGGGCCAUCAGCUUCGCCUCGGUCCAUCAGCAGAGUCAGCCAGUCACAGCCACAGUAGCCCCCUUCCAGUACAGGCUUCAGACAGACCAGGAACCUGGUCCCGUCCCCCAAGCUAGCUGGGCCCUCGAUGGCUAUUCUGGCCCCCCUGGUGGGACCGAGGAGAGCUUCUCCUACACAGCACUGCGGCAGCAGCAAGGCCAAGGCCGGCUGAGGACCGGCAGCGCCCCCUUGUGGCCCUCCUCAGCAGCAGCGAACCUGGCAGGGGCUGGACUGCGGCUGGCAUCCUGGGAGGAGCAGGACAUAAAUGCCUCCUCUUAUCGGAAGCCUGGAGAUGGAGCAGUGGGCUUUCCCGGAGAACAGUGGCCCACAGCCCAGGGAGAAGACACAGUGCUCAGGUACAAAGAGCCCCGGGCCAAGAACGCACCUGCCCUGACGUUCGCAACCUGGGUGACUCUGGACAAGUCUUACCCCUCUCUGGGCCCGAACCCAGAGUCCCAGAGAAAGAGGACAGUGCAGAACGUCCUGGAUCUUCGACAGAACCUGGAAGAGACCAUGUCCAGCCUGCGAGGGUCCCAGGUGACUCACAGCUCCCUGGAGAUGACCUGCUACGACAGUGACGACGCCAACCCUCGCAGUGUGUCCAGCCUCUCCAGCCGCUCGUCCCCUCUGUCCUGGCGCUAUGGCCAGUCCAGCCCGCGGCUGCAGGCUGGGGACGCGCCCUCGGUGGGCGGGGGCUGCCGCUCCGAGGGGCCGCCCGCCUGGUACAUGCACGGGGAGCGGGCCCACUACUCGCACACCAUGCCCAUGCGCAGCCCGAGCAAGCUCAGCCACAUCUCCCGCCUGGAGCUGGUCGAGUCCCUGGACUCGGACGAGGUGGACCUCAAGUCCGGCUACAUGAGCGACAGCGACCUCAUGGGCAAGACCAUGACGGAAGACGACGACAUCACUACCGGCUGGGAUGAGAGCAGCUCCAUCAGCAGUGGGCUCAGUGAUGCCUCGGACAACCUCAGCUCAGAAGAGUUCAAUGCCAGCUCCUCCCUCAACUCCCUCCCAACUACUCCCACUGCUUCUCGCAGGAACUCUACAAUAGUGCUCCGCACAGACUCAGAGAAGCGCUCACUGGCAGAAAGCGGGCUGAGCUGGUUUAGUGAAUCAGAGGAGAAGGCCCCCAAAAAACUGGAGUACGACAGUGGUAGCCUGAAGAUGGAACCUGGGACUUCUAAGUGGCGGAGAGAGCGGCCCGAAAGCUGUGAUGAUUCAUCCAAGGUUGGAGAACUGAAAAAGCCUGUCAGCCUGGGACACCCUGGUUCCCUGAAGAAGGGCAAGACCCCACCGGUGGCUGUCACUUCCCCCAUCACUCACACAGCCCAGAGUGCCCUCAAAGUCGCAGGCAAACCGGAAGGCAAAGCUACGGACAAGGGUAAACUUGCAGUGAAGAACACCGGGCUACAGCGCUCCUCCUCUGACGCCGGCCGGGAUCGCCUGAGUGAUGCUAAGAAGCCUCCCUCGGGCAUUGCUCGCCCCUCCACUUCGGGAUCUUUUGGCUACAAGAAGCCUCCUCCUGCCACAGGCACAGCCACUGUCAUGCAGACCGGGGGUUCGGCCACUCUCAGUAAAAUCCAGAAGUCCUCAGGCAUCCCUGUCAAGCCCGUGAAUGGACGCAAGACCAGCCUAGAUGUGUCCAACAGCGCAGAGCCCGGAUUCCUGGCUCCUGGCGCCCGUUCCAACAUCCAGUACCGAAGCCUGCCCCGGCCAGCCAAGUCCAGUUCCAUGAGCGUGACCGGUGGGCGGGGCGGACCUCGCCCUGUUAGCAGCAGCAUUGACCCCAGCCUUCUUAGCACCAAGCAGGGGGGCCUUACACCCUCCAGACUGAAGGAGCCUUCCAAGGUGGCCAGUGGGCGGACCACUCCAGCCCCUGUCAAUCAGACCGAUAGGGAAAAGGAGAAAGCCAAAGCCAAGGCGGUGGCCUUGGACUCAGACAACAUCUCCCUGAAGAGCAUUGGCUCCCCAGAGAGUACUCCGAAGAACCAAGCCAGCCACCCGCCAGCCACCAAGUUGGCAGAACUGCCACCAACCCCUCUCAGGGCCACAGCUAAGAGCUUUGUCAAGCCACCCUCCCUAGCCAACCUAGACAAGGUCAACUCCAACAGUCUGGAUCUGCCAUCGUCGAGUGAGGCCCACGCUUCAAAGGUCCCAGAUCUGCAUCCUACAAGCUCAGCGACCGGGAGCCCUCUCCCUUCUUGCUUCACCCCUAGUCCAGCACCCAUUCUCAAUAUUAACUCAGCCAGCUUCUCCCAGGGCCUGGAGCUAAUGAGUGGUUUCAGUGUCCCCAAAGAGACCCGCAUGUACCCCAAACUCUCAGGCCUGCACAGGAGCAUGGAGUCCCUCCAGAUGCCAAUGAGCCUGCCCAGUGCCUUCCCCAGCAGUACCCCUGUUCCCACCCCCCCGGCCCCCCCUGCUGCACCCCCAGAGGAAGAGACGGAAGAGCUGACCUGGAGUGGAAGCCCCAGAACUGGGCAAUUGGACAGCAAUCAGCGGGAUCGGAACACUCUUCCCAAGAAAGGGCUCAGGUACCAGCUUCAGUCCCAGGAGGACACCAAGGAGAGGCGACACUCCCAUACCAUUGGUGGGCUGCCCGAAGCCGACGACCAGUCAGAGCUGCCUUCCCCCCCUGCACUCUCCAUGUCCUUGAGUGCAAAGGGCCAGCUUACCAACAUAGUUCACGGCUCAGUGCUGUCCCUGGCCUCCAGUGCCUCCUCCACUUACUCCUCAGCUGAAGAAAGGAUGCAAUCUGAGCAAAUCCGAAAGCUUCGCAGGGAACUGGAAUCGUCCCAGGAAAAAGUGGCCACCCUGACGUCUCAACUCUCUGCCAAUGCUAACCUAGUGGCAGCUUUCGAGCAGAGCCUAGUGAAUAUGACAUCCCGUCUCCGACACCUGGCAGAGACAGCAGAGGAGAAGGACACCGAGCUGCUGGAUUUACGAGAAACCAUCGACUUUCUGAAGAAAAAGAACUCUGAAGCACAGGCAGUCAUUCAGGGAGCCCUCAGUGCCUCAGAAACCACACCCAAAGAACUCCGGAUCAAGAGGCAGAACUCCUCAGAUAGCAUCUCGAGCCUCAACAGCAUCACCAGCCAUUCCAGCAUUGGCAGUGGCAAGGACGCUGAUGCAAAAAAGAAGAAGAAAAAGAGCUGGGUCUAUGAGCUUCGAAGUUCCUUCAACAAAGCCUUCAGCAUAAAAAAGGGACCCAAGUCAGCUUCCUCAUACUCUGAUAUUGAGGAGAUUGCCACACCCGACUCCUCUGCCCCCUCAUCCCCCAAACUACAGCACGGCUCCACAGAGACUGCUUCACCCUCCAUCAAGUCCUCCAACUCCUCCUCUGUGGGCAUUGAUGUCACCGAGGGCCCCGCCCACCCGGUUCCCCACACCAGGCUAUUCCAUGGCAACGAGGAGGAGGAGCCGGAGAAGAAGGAAGUAUCAGAACUGCGCUCCGAGCUGUGGGAGAAGGAGAUGAAGCUCACAGACAUCCGCUUGGAAGCCCUCAACUCUGCCCAUCAACUGGACCAACUUCGGGAGACGAUGCACAACAUGCAGUUGGAGGUGGACCUGCUGAAAGCGGAGAAUGACCGGCUGAAGGUAGCCCCCGGCCCCUCAUCAGGCUCCACGCCAGGGCAGGUCCCUGGAUCAUCUGCUUUAUCAUCCCCUCGCCGCUCCCUGGGCCUUGCCCUCACACAUUCCUUCAGCCCAAGUCUCACAGACACAGACCUGUCACCCAUGGAUGGCAUCAGUACUUGUGGUCCAAAGGAGGAAGUGACCCUUCGGGUGGUGGUGAGGAUGCCCCCCCAGCACAUCAUCAAAGGGGACUUGAAGCAACAGGAAUUCUUCCUGGGAUGUAGCAAGGUCAGUGGAAAAGUUGACUGGAAGAUGCUGGAUGAAGCCGUUUUCCAAGUGUUCAAGGACUAUAUUUCUAAGAUGGACCCAGCCUCCACCCUUGGACUGAGCACCGAGUCCAUCCAUGGCUAUAGCAUCAGCCAUGUGAAGCGAGUAUUGGAUGCAGAGCCCCCAGAGAUGCCUCCCUGCCGCCGGGGCGUCAACAACAUAUCGGUCUCCCUCAAAGGGCUGAAGGAGAAGUGCGUCGACAGCCUGGUGUUUGAGACGCUGGUCCCCAAGCCGAUGAUGCAGCAUUACAUCAGCCUCCUGCUCAAGCACCGGCGCCUCGUCCUCUCGGGCCCCAGCGGCACAGGGAAGACCUACCUGACCAACAGGCUGGCUGAAUACUUGGUGGAGCGUUCCGGCCGCGAGGUCACGGAGGGCAUCGUCAGCACUUUCAACAUGCACCAACAGUCUUGCAAGGAUCUGCAACUGUAUCUCUCCAACCUGGCCAACCAGAUAGACCGGGAGACAGGAAUUGGGGAUGUCCCCCUGGUGAUCCUGUUGGAUGACCUGAGUGAAGCAGGCUCCAUCAGUGAGCUGGUCAAUGGGGCUCUCACCUGCAAGUACCACAAAUGUCCUUAUAUUAUAGGUACCACCAAUCAGCCGGUAAAAAUGACACCCAAUCAUGGCUUGCACUUGAGCUUCAGGAUGCUGACCUUCUCCAACAACGUGGAGCCAGCCAAUGGCUUCCUGGUUCGUUACCUGAGGAGGAAGCUGGUAGAGUCGGACAGUGACAUCAAUGCCAACAAGGAAGAGCUGCUUCGGGUGCUCGACUGGGUGCCCAAGCUGUGGUACCAUCUCCACACCUUCCUUGAGAAGCACAGCACCUCAGACUUCCUUAUCGGCCCUUGCUUCUUUCUGUCCUGUCCCAUUGGCAUUGAAGACUUCCGGACCUGGUUCAUUGACCUGUGGAACAAUUCUAUCAUUCCCUACCUACAGGAAGGAGCGAAGGAUGGGAUCAAGGUCCAUGGACAGAAAGCUGCUUGGGAGGACCCAGUGGAGUGGGUCCGGGACACUCUUCCCUGGCCAUCGGCCCAACAAGACCAGUCGAAGCUGUACCACUUGCCUCCACCUACCGUGGGCCCUCAUAGCAUUGCCUCACCUCCCGAGGAUAGGACAGUCAAAGAUAGCACCCCAAGUUCUCUGGACUCGGACCCUCUGAUGGCCAUGCUGCUGAAGCUUCAAGAAGCUGCCAAUUACAUUGAGUCUCCAGAUCGAGAAACCAUCCUGGACCCCAACCUCCAGGCCACACUUUGA